UGCGCUCGACGCUCGCCAGGAUUGCAAGGCUGCUCGUUACUGGAAAACCCGCUGUUCCAACGAUCUUUGCAUCACUUGUCGUCCAUUUCUCCGUUUAUUCGCGUGCACGCGGCGAAAAGUGAACAGUGCUAUAUCCUUCGGGAAAUACGUCGAUCGUUCGUUAUUAUGCAAUGACGAUGUAUCAUCGAUUUGCCGUUCGACAAUCGAAACGAUCGACCACAGUCUCGCGAAAUCGGCAAAAAUGACUCACUGACGAUCGAGUUUAAUUCGACGAUUUCAACGAACGCGUGCGUGGCUCGCGUUCUCGCGAUUAGAUUAUUUAAUCGCGCUGGCGCAGCGAGUUCUUCAGCCGGAUGAAAGAAGAAAGCACCUGCGUGAAAAUCAAGCACCGAAUCGUCGAAUAUGGCGAAAUGGGACAGUUCGGAAUCCGAGUACUCGGAGUCUGAGGAGUCAAAUGAGUUAGGGGCCAUCGCAAGCCCCGAGACCUGCGCGAUGGACACUGUGGACUGUGCCGGCAAGCGGCAAGCUACUCGUGUCUUCAAGAAAUCCAGCGUCAAUGGAAAGAUCACGGUGUACCUUGGGAAAAGGGAUUUCGUCGAUCACAUAACUCACGUUGAUCCUAUCGACGGGGUCGUGCUGAUUGACCCAGACUACGUGAAGGAUCGCAAGGUCUUCGGCCACGUUCUAGCCGUGUUCAAGUACGGCAGGGAGGACCUGGACGUUCUGGGGCUGACGUUUCGCAAGGAUCUUUAUCUGGCCGCCGAGCAGAUCUACCCGGUGGUGCCCGGUGCCCAGCAGAGGAAGCUGACACGGUUGCAGGAGAAGCUGAUCAAGAAGUUGGGGAACAACGCGUAUCCGUUCUACUUCGAGCUUCCGCCGCACUGUCCCGCGUCGGUGACGUUGCAGCCAGCACCCGGCGACACUGGGAAACCAUGCGGCGUCGACUACGAAUUGAAAGCGUUCGUAGGUGAGACGCAGGACGACAAACCGCAGAAACGAAGCUCGGUACGGCUGGCGAUACGAAAGAUCAUGUACGCGCCGUCGAAGCAAGGCGAACAGCCUUCCGUCGAGGUGAGCAAAGAGUUCGUCAUGUCGCCGAACAAGCUUCAUCUGGAGGCGUCGCUGGACAAGGAGCUGUACCACCACGGCGAGAACAUCGCCGUGAACGUGCACAUAGCAAACAGCAGUAACCGGACGGUGAAGAGAAUCAAAGUGUCCGUGAGGCAAUUCGCGGACAUUUGUCUCUUCUCCACCGCGCAGUACAAGUGCACGGUCGCCGAGGCGGAGAGCGAGGAGGGGUGCCUAGUGGGGCCAGGUUUCACGCUGAGCAAAGUGUUCUCUCUGAAACCGCUUCUCGCCGACAACAAAGAUAAAUGGGGGCUUGCCCUCGAUGGCCAGAUCAAAGACGAGGACACCAAUCUGGCGUCCAGCACCCUUGUGGUGGAUCCCUCGCAGCGAGAGAACCUUGGGAUUAUCGUUCAGUACAAAGUGAAAGUAAAGCUCUGCCUUGGACCCCUCGGAGGCGAAUUAGUAGCGGAACUGCCGUUCAUCUUGAUGCAUCCGAAACCGGAAGAAGAGGAACCAGCGCCACCCACCGCACGGCCUAGUCCGACGCAUAAGGCAGAUGAUGGCGAGAUACCGCUCGACACGAAUCUGAUUCAAUUGGACACAGAGGCGGACUGCGACGAUGACAUAAUCUUCGAGGACUUUGCUCGUCUGAGGCUGAAAGGUGAGCCGGAUGCCUGACUACAUGGUUCCAACUCGAUCGACCUCUUCGAGACAGGCAAGUGUCUCGCGGAGAACGACAGCCACCGAAAAAUCGUUUGCGAGGAUCGGCCAUCGUCGCUCUAGGUCCUCGUAAGGAUCGGCCAAGGAUGAAGUCUUUCGCAUCGUUUGAACGGUCCGAUCGCUGAAAUAACGAUUCCUUUUCUUUCGAUGCCCGACGAAGGAAUUCGUUCCCCGAACCGUGUGGUCAGUUCAUCGUAAAAUUCUGUAUUCGACAUGGGAUAACAUCUCCGGAAUAUGGUACUAAUCAUCGCACAGAGAGAACAACACGCACCUCGAGAAGCGCUUACCCGAGAGAGAAACGAAACAUUGAGUAUUUUAUCCAGGCGAAAUUUAUGCAUUGACAUGUUUGGCUUGACGAGGCAUCAAAGACUGAACGCAUCGUCGGAAAACAUUAUUCCGCAGUCAUCAAAAUCAUCAGAUAACUACUGAAUAUUUGUUACUAACAAGAGGCGAGUACGUCUGUUUCUUUGGAGGUGGGGCACAGUCUUCGACGAAACUACCAGCGCACGUUUCUGUAAAUUUUAACGACAUGGCCAGUAUGUAGAAUUCAUUCUGUCAGUCGCAGACAGUCCAAGCGUAGGUUUCUAUGUGACUCUGAGAGAAACCUCAAAGCAGAGGUUUUUAAAUCAAUGAGAGAAGAACGAUUUCUUGUCUUUGUAUUGCAGCAAACACGUAUCAAUUUUCGUUGCCGUGCUCUUAUGUCAGUUUACUUUGUUUUAUUUUUCGAAAGUAGCUGCAAGGUAUAUGCUUAGUACUAAAAUAUAAAACAAGGAAGCUUUGUUAUAUUUUAUAUAAUUUGAUAAAGAAAAAAAAUUCCUUUCUUACUGUCUUUUCAUAUUGUUUGAAGUUUUUGAAUUCACACCCAUCUUACACUUACUUGUUGAGUAAUAUUUGUCAAAUACAAUGAUAAUACUCGUUUUCCUUUCCUUUUACAUUCUAUGUUUCAUUCAUCUGUGCAAUAAGGUUUUCAGUUUCACGAAAAAAAUGCAAAUGCCAAAUGCCGUAUAAAUAAAUCUUUCGCAGUGAAAACUGUAUCUUUCGAGAAUUACUUGACAAACGGUAAAAUCAACCUUUCUUUGCUUGAAAGCGCGUGAUAAUUCAAACUAUGAAAACUUAGGCCAUUGAAGCCUCUAAGAUCUCAAAUGAAUUCUCGUUUGGGAACACUGUUCGAAUCGUCUAACGGCGAUUUUUUAACAUUUACAAUGUCGAACAAGCGAUAAAUAUUUCCAAAAUAAUUGUAUGUCAACUGAAAGUGUGAAUUAAAUAACAAUAAUCUUUGUUGUGUGUUGCGUUGAUCGUAAAAUAUCUCUUCGUAUAUAUAGUGGUCUGUAACUAGUACAAUUGAGUAGAAGGCGAGAGUCUGCGAACAAAAAUAAGAUAAAAUUUUUUCGAAUACGAAGGUUUGUUUUUGAACUGUACUCAAUUUUAACUAAUUCUGAACUGGUCAGAAAUAAAUAAUACACAGGUGGCUACGCUAUUUACAAAAAUAAGUCAAAAAUGUAGAGUACAAUUUUUUCAUAAGACGCUCGAGAAAAUUACGCGAACGUCUAUUAAGGCAAUUGUGAACUGAAUAUGUUCAAUAAUGUUUAUUUUCUUAAAAUGGAAAGAUUUUUUCUACAUUUUCCUUUUUUUUUUCUUAUUUUCAGAGACACAAUAAUCUCCUGAUAAUUAUUAACUCCUUUCUAGAAUUAGUCAAAUUCAGCUCUGCUUGAUAAAUUUUUAAAUCCAAUUUUCUCUGAAAAGAAAUGCAAAAUAAUUAUAUUUCACAUUUCCGUCUUAUUUUUCUUCGUAGAAUCGUCCUAUAUUCAAUUGUAGCACCAGCUACGGACCACCCUGCAUAUUCCACGUCAUGCACGCGAUCGAUUAAUCAAAUAUCGAAUGGAAUCGCUUCGGAUUUCCUUGGAAAAUAUCGCAACAAAUUCAACGAAUCCUACUUAUAUAUAUAUAUAUACAAAGAGAGAAUAUAUAUAUAUAUAAAGAUAGAUAUAUAUACACACGAAUACACGUAUUGUACACACAUGUGCAAACUUUGCAUUACACGCUUAACGAUAAAUUAACCGUGGGUUAAAAGAAAAAAAAAAAAAAUAAAAAGAAGAAGAAGAAGAGGAGAGUUAAGUAAAUUUCAGCAGUUUAGCUUUUACACGUUUAUACCGAUAUUGAGAAAGUAUUGGGUUAUUUGCAACACACUACUAAUCGUACGAUUUUUCUAUUCCUUUUUUAUGUAUCACGUUUUUUACCGAAACGAAACGUUCUAGUGCCAUCUUGACUAUUUGGAUUGUACUGUCGGGGAAAAAAAAUUCAUUUCUUUGCGAAACAACAAUUCAGAGAUCGAUCCAGUUCGUUAUUCAGUAUCGUUUUAGAAAGACUGUCGAUGGAAAUUGAAUCGCCUGUAUGUCGAUUCGAUAUGAGUUUUUCUACAUCCUUUUACGAAUUACGUUCACGAUGAAACGGCAAGAUGAACCACGGAAACGAGCGUAUAUCGAAGAAUUCCAAGCGCAAUUGAGAGAAAGGGAUUAUUCCAGGUGUGUGUGUGAUUAAUCUGUAUGCCUUUAGGAACAAACAAGCGAAGUAUCAAGUGUUUAUUCUCUAAGUGGCAGAUCGGAACUCUGGAUUCGAUUCCAGCCAAUUGGGUGUUCAUUCGGAUUCAUUUCACUUUUCGCUCUAAUCUGCAACUUAGAAAAAAAAAAAAAAAAAAGAGACACCCUAUAUGUGUUGUAUUAGCACGAUUCAAACGGUUAAAGCGUCCGCUGUCAAUUAAUUCUUAUUUUAAUCAGCAUCGAUGACAAUUUUACAAGGGCACAGCGAGCGCGUUAAUUAAGAACAACUUCUGCGUAUCGGCAAGCGUUAUUUGCAAUUUAGCAAAGUGAAGUUCUGUGUCUCGAACAGAAGGAGGAAAUUGCCGGCUCAAAGCCGAAGAGAUCGAGGCAACUUUUCCUGAACGAACGUCCAAUCUCUCAUAAGUUAAGAAAACGAAAACGAAACGAAACGAAGAACAGUCAUCAUUGAGCCCGGUGGCGAAUUUGUUGCCACUUUCUGUUUCCAAUAACGAAUCAAAUGUCAAUUGAACCGAUCGAAACGAAACAGCUGGACCUCGUAACUCUCUUCGGUUGUGAGCCGUGAAAAAUGAUUUGGCCAGGGCAACGUUGACCGUGCUGUCUGGCCUUUUUAAUUGUGCGCGUGUACAUAUACGCAGGGGCUAAGGAGAUGAAUAGUAUUUUUUAUCGAUUUAGCAUUUACAGAGUGUAUUUAGGAGAGAUUAUCGAUUAUACCAAAGCCAGCAUCUCUCACUUCAGUGUUUUUCGUAAGCGAGGUAGCUUUCGGGAGAACGGAGGAACAAAACGAAUAUAUAAUUAUUCUCUAGUAAUUAAAUGAGCGAAGCAGCCACAUAAGUAAUUGUAUAUGUCGAGUUAAUGUUCAAAGUACGUAAGUAAGUGGAAGAAACGGUCGUAAGUUUCAGAUCAUCCGAUUAUAUUUCCCUCGAAAGCGAAAGAGUCGUUGCUAGACUGCGGAUUUUUUUUUGGAUUGAAUGUUCAAAGUAAAGUGUUUAUUACAGUAGAUAAAACAAAUUUUAAUCGUGUCCGUAAGAAUUUUCAAACGCAUAGAAAUCUGCAGUCUAGUCCGUUACGCGUUGCGAAAACCUCGUGGGAAAUUUUUACUUCGACUCGACCCUUUCAUUUGACACUUUGUCGCUCGCUAAAUCACACGGUGGCCGUGGUUCACGAGCAAACGAUGUGACCGUUUUGACCCCCCACUUACGUAUACAGAUAGAGAAAAAGAGAAAAAGAGAAAAGAUAAAGAAACGCGGGCUUGUACAAUACGCGCGAGAGUAUAUUUUAUAUUCGUACGCGCUGGUGCGCGCCAAUAUUUUUUGUAUCAUAUUGAGAAAAACGUCGAAUGGUCGAUCGGAUGAUACGUAUAUCUUUGGACGAGCACAAGACGAACGAGAGAUUAUCAUACUGCACAAAAAAUAAUUGCAACGCUGGUUGCUCCAGAGUCAAUAAUGGGUGCUGUUUAAAAGCGUGUCACGUCGUCGUUUUAAGCGUGUCGAGUAAGAUGGUUCGAUGUCUUAAAAGAGAACAAAAGUCCAUUAAGCCUUAUAUUUCGCGAAAGAAAAAAAAAGAAAAAAAAAUGCGAUUUUUAUCGAGCAAUUCGUCACUCGUCGCUCUUUUCUUUCUCCUUUCUCGUGUUGAAACAAGUUGAAAAGAUGUUAUAUACUACGAGUCAUCGAACCCUGUCGAUGUUACGAAGAUUUCGCGAACACUUCCAGUUUGUACGUGUGAACACGAGGUAAAUUGUACAUUAAGAGUAUCGGAAAGUACAUGUAACGAUUUAGAACUACGCAGGGCAUAAUAGUUAGCUAAGUUAGAAACGGUUUAGAGUAAGAGAGAAACAAAAACAAAAAAAAAAAAGAAAUAAAAAAGAGUAUCGUCCACGUCCAGUAUUACGUGUAUAUGUAAUCGCAGUAUUCUAUUUUGCGCGCAUAAUGUCAAGACGAAUCGGGUUGUACACCUUUGUGAGAUAGGGCACAAAUUCUAAUUGUUGCUGAUACGUGUAAACUGAGUCUAAUUUAUUCGGCAAAGGACAAGCGUUCGCUCUCGUUAAUAUACCCCCUCCCCCCCAAUCCUCCCCCUCAACUAACCCCUCUGAUAAUUAUUCGUUUUGUACGCGAGAUAAAAUAUCGCGAGAGGAAGAAACGCAAAAGAAGAGUUGUAUUGAGUAGAGAAAGUGUGUAUAAAGGGAAAACGAGAGAAACAAAGAAUGGGAGAAGAGAGUAAAUACCGAGAUACAUAAUAUAUUAUAAUGUACAUGUAAAAAUUGUGUAUUCUCAUAUAAUAUAGUAACUGUAAUAAUUUAAUAAAUCUUGUAUAUCGCAAGUGCCCAC